AUGAGAGGAGAGUUUGGAAUAAACUGGUACACAUUUGAAGGAACUCCACCCAUCUCCCCUCAUCAAGUGAACUUCCUGAUCUCACCUCUUCAGAUGGAUCAACUUAUGAUUCCUGGAACAACUACCCCUCUCCGUGUUUGGGCACAGGGUUCAUCCCUUAUUAACUUAAAGGUUGCUGUAGAAGACUCAAAUAAAUUUGUAGCUUCAGUGAUUCUGCCCUCUGUAAAUUUCUACAAAGAUUACUUUGGCAUGAACUGUCCACUUCCAAAUUUGGAUUUGGUGUCGUUUCCAAGCUCUGGGCACGAUUCUACUUUCGGAAUGAUAAUUGAAGAGGAAAACACGCUGGUUAAACAUGCCGAGUUGAAAGAGAGCAUCAGAAUGGCACACAACGUGGCUACCAUGUGGCUGGAUGGUAUGGUCACCUUCAGUUGGUGGAAUGAUUAUUGGUUCUCCUGGUCAUUGUCUGAACAUCUAGCCACACUUGCCGUGAACCAUCUUUAUCCCGGUUGGAACAUAGCCAGUCGGUAUUUCGUACACCAGACUUUAAACAUUUACAAGGAAGAACCCGGAAACUCUUUCCACACAGUUUUAAUGUCUAUCGAAAAUCCAGAAAGCGUUUUAGAAAACUACCUCCAAGGAGGAAUAUUUUUUCAUAAAGGCCCAGUGUUGAUUCGUAUGGUGUCCAUGAUCAUUGGAGAGGAUACUUUUAAAAAAGGAUUACAAGCAUUUGUUGCUAAAUAUCAGUUUUCAAGUGCAACAACCAAGGACCUAUGGGAAAGUUUGUUCAACAAUGUACAGGAUCCAAAGCUUAUAAAAGAAGGGAUUAGUUUGGAAAAUGUUAUGGAAAACUGGCUUACAAAGACUUCUUAUCCACUUGUCACAGUGACAAGAGAUUAUGCAACAAAUAAAAUCACAGUGGCCCAGCAACUUUAUGUAAUUGAAGAAAACCCGUCAGAGCACAAAGAUUGUUGGUGGAUACCGCUUACUUAUUCAACGUCCCAAAAGCCUGAGUUUAGUAAUACCAAGCCUGAGAAUUGGCUUAGUUGUGAUGAGAGAACAAUGACUUUUGAGAUCGAAGCUACGGACAAGGAAUGGGUUAUUUUAAAUAAUAAAAUGGCAGGUUUAUACAGAAUAAAAUAUGAUACUAAAAACUGGGAUUUGAUAGCAGCUGCUUUGAAACAACCAGACUUCAACAAAAUAGACGAGCUGAAUAGAGUUCAGCUACUGACUGAUUCAUGGGAUAUAUUAUUUGCCUUGGAGGGUUGCUCUUGA